UUAAACGCAAGCCCUCAAGGUUAGCAGUUAGAUGAAAAUUUUCUAAAAUAUACAAGUGAAAAAGUCAUAGAUUUAAAUGAACAAGACAAAAUUAUCACAUUAAUGAUGGAUGAGAUUCAUUUAAAACCUUAUUUUGAUUUUAAGGGAGGGAAUGUUGUUGGGGCUGCUUUUGACAGUUCGCAUGCUGCUACUAGUGCACAUGCCUUCAUGAUACAAAGUUUGCUUUCAAACUAUAAAGAUGUUGUUUUUGUGCUACCAGUAAAGACAUUGACUGCAGAAACUUUGCACGACAUUAUUAAAAGAGUUGUUGUUGACUUAGAGGAUAUCUCUUUCACUGUAGUUGCAGUUGUGAGUGAUAGCAACUCAAUAAAUAGGAAGGCAAUGUCCUUGUUUUCAAAUCCUCCCCAACUCUCGGUAUCAUUCAACCAUCCAGUAGAUUCUGAUAGGCCUCUUUAUUACGUUAUAGAUGCUGUCCAUAUUUUUAAAUGCAUCCGAAAUAAUUGGUUGAACCCAAAAAAUGAUAGACAGAGCAUGAAUUAUCCCAGUUUUGAUUCUAAUGUGAUUUCAAAAUUGGAUACAGCCUGUUUCAAAACCUUAAAAGAACUUCAUGAGUUAGAACAUACUAACUUGCUAAAAUAUGGCUAUAGUUUAACGCUUAAAGCUUUGAAUCCUACAAACUUAGAGCGCCAGAACGCUAACCUGGUCUUGAAAAUUUUCAAUGAGCAUGUGAUUGCAGCUCUAAUUGAACUCGGUGAAAAACUCAGCUUGAAUUAUUGUAAACAAACUGCUGCCUACAUUCAUGUUAUUUUGAAUUGGUGGAAUGUGGUAAAUGUAAAAACUCCUGAUAAAGGAAAAAGACUAAAAAACAUUAUAAUGCAUCCUUUAACAAAUUCACCCGUGGAUGAAGGACAAAUUUUUCUGCAGCAGUUCAUUACCUGGAUGAACAUUUGGCAGGAUUAUAAUCCUGCAACCGGGAAAUUGAAGCUUUUGUGCACAUAAAGCUCUUGUGCAUACUAGCUGUGCUCUCUUAGAAAUGUCAACGUAUUGCAUUGAAAAGUUAAAGAUGAGAUAUUUUUUGACAGGAAAGGUGCAAACUGAUUCCUUAGAGGAAAGAUUUGGCAAAUAUAGAAUGUUAGCCGGAUCACAGUUUCACAUAUCAGUUUGGCAACUGUUUGAGUCUGAAACAAAACUUAAGUUACAAAAUUAUUUGCCACUUUCGUUGAAGUUAAGUGUGUUUGGUGACAUUAAAGCUACUAAACUAACGUUAAAUGCAGCAGAAGCUAAAAGUAGUGAACUUAAAAAUACUUAAGGUAUAGUAGCAGUCAGCGAACAAGACUUUAAGAACAUUGAUUCUAGUUUACCUGUAUUGGUGUAUAUUGCAGGAUACUGUGUUUACACUAUUUGUAAAAAUUUAAAGUGUGAAUUUUGUGAAAAACAGCUAACAAUGGAUAAGGAACUGGCUAUUGAUGAAUGCUUUCAGCAUGUCACAAGCUUAAAUAUGCUUUCAGCAUGUCACAAGCUUAAUAGGAGGACUGAAAUUUCCAAAUGCAGAUGAGGUUAAAAUAGUAUCUUAUACCUAUAUAGUAGGACAGAAACUUUUAUCUACUGAUCAUGAAAGCAGUUUUUUAAAAAUAUUAAAUCAGCGAUCUUAUAUGUCUGAACAGGUAUUGGCUAUAGUGAAUGAGUUUGAUAUUUUUAAUGAUGUAAGCACUUGUUCCUCUGGUCAUUCAUCUCAGGAAAUUAUUAAACGUAUAGUGUGGAUCACCACAAAUAUUCUUUUGAACAACUAUUGCCUUUUAAAAAAUGAUAUCCCAAAAAAAGCUUUCAAAGAAACGUAAAUUACUAACUUUGGAGAAAUAAAUUCAGUUAUAUCGUAAAUUUCCUAAUUUUUUUUCAAAAUCUUUUUCUUAAUAUAUAUAUAUUAAUUCUUAUAGUGUGUUAAUAAAAUUUCCAGGUCUUAUUUAUUUAGUAAAAUUAACUUGAAGUCAACAACAUACAAAUUGCAAAAUAGUCUUCAUUACUUUUAUUUCAUACUUAAUAUAUUUUGUUUGAAGAUAGUAUUGUAAUAUAUUACGCUUUUGAUGCAUAAAGUUAACAACUUUGAUUGCUUAAUUCUGCAUCUCUAACUUAGGAAAAAUAAAUCAAGUUAUUUUGUAAAUGUUCUUUUUUUUAUUUAUUAGGAAUUACACUAAUAUUAUCUAACUGUACCAAAUAUUUUUCUUUAAAAAUUUGCAUUGUGUGUUGAUAAAAUUUCAUGUCUUAUUUAUUUUGUAAAAUUAAUUUGAAGUCUUUUGCUGCAACAACAUACAAAUUGCAAAAUAAUCUGAAUUACUUUUAUUUCAUACUUGAUAUAUUUUGUUUCAUGAAUAUAUUU